AUGCAGCUACUAGUGGAUGAUUCAAAAGAAGAUCAGGCUGUCGCGAAAUUGCGUUUAAACGGGCACAGUUGCACCAGCGCCUAUAACGGAGAAAUACAGUCUGGUAAUUUCCAGAACAUGGGUUUCAAUAACAUCCCAAGUCAGUGCGAUUUGGAGAUUAAUAUGGGUAACCUCACCCAAUUUGAGCAGAUUAAAAACAAGAGGCGGCAACUUUCGCAAGAAAGUGCUGCUUUGAAACGUAAUGUCAAGCCAAUAGAAUUUGAGUCCUACGAAGAUUUCUUCUUACUUAAUAAAUUCAAAAAGGGCGUAUCUGAAAGUGGGAAGGUUGACGUCGAGGGCAUUAAGAGCAGGAUCACAGGUGUGUAUUACGAAAAGAUCAAAAGAGGAGUUAAUGGCCAAACUUCUGACAGUGAACUUCAAUCGGACGACGAGAAAAGUAAAAAAAAUGCAGAGUUUCGGCCCAAAAGAAGGACAACCAGGUCUCAAUUAAACAAACAAAAGGUGUUAGCGUCGAGGAGCUCAAGCACUUCCCAAAGCCCAACCCCGGAGCAACGGAAACCUGCCCUGUUGGAUGCUAGUAUAUCUGUAAACAGCAUCAUUCCAUCGAAUAACAGCGAUGGUAACAUACGAAGGUCUUCCCGACUAUCACAGAAAGAGAAAGAGAUUUUGGAAAAAAAGGCUCUGCUGUUAGAGCGGGCGGGAAUAGAGGCUGCAGUUCCCCAAAUACUAGAUCUCUUCGAAUCAAUUGUCCCCAAAACUUUAGAACCGGUGCGGAGGUCUGACUGGAUCCUACCAAGCAAAUGUCGUUUUAUACCCGAGAAGUUCGCACCAAUAAAGCAUACCCCAGAACAAAUUAGAAUUAAUGAUCUUAUACACAAUGGAAGGAUACGGAAAAUAAUGACGCGGUUCAAGGGUGGAUUGGCAGGCGUAAGGAAAAAGGAUUGGGAGUUGACGGCAGAAAAAGACUCACAAGGGGGUGCAGCAUCAUAA